AUGAGUUCUGCACCGAAUGGCCGCAAGAAGCGCCCCAGGACCGCUGGCUCUAUCUUCCAGAUCAGCAAGCCGCCCCUGCCCGGCAGGGACGGGGAACGCCGGGGCAGCGGCUCGGAGAGCUCCUACAAAACCCAGAGAGCCCUGGAGGACUGCAAGAUGCUUGUUCAGGAGUUCAAUACCCUGGUGGCUCUAUACCGGGAGUUAGUCAUUUCCAUUGGGGACGUCUCCGUCAAUUGUCCGUCUCUACAUGCUGAAAUGCAAAAGACUAGAACCAAAGGAUGUGAGAUGGCCUAUCAGGCGCACCAAAAACUAGCAGCGAUCUCUGGCCCAGAAGAUGGAGAGAUUCAUCCUGAAAUCUGUAGACUAUACAUUCAGUUGCAAUGUUGCUUAGAAAUGUACACAACAGAGAUGCUCAAGUCCAUAUGUCUGCUAGGAUCCCUCCAGUUUCAUCGGAAAGGAAAAGAGCCGUGUGCAACACCCAAGAUCCUAGACAAUAAAAUGGAGGAGAGUUCAGAAGUACCUAUUUUAGAAGACACAUCAUCUUCACCAAUAGAUAUUCAACAGCAUUCAUGGCAGGUUUCAACCUAUAUUGAAAACACUGAAAGAGACAUGAGAGAAAUGAAAAACCUUUUAAGCAAACUCAGGGAGACUAUGCCUUUACCAUUGAAAAAUCAAGAUGAUAGCAGCCUCCUAAACCUGACUCCUUAUCCAUUAGUGAGAAGACCGAAGCGACGAUUCUUUGGACUGUGCUGCCUUGUCUCAAGCUAAAAAAAUUCAGUACAGAAACAACAAGAAAACCAUAACUGUCAUGAAACCAAUAGUAU